AAACAUCGCCAGUGUAGCACCGGCUGCGAAACAUGUCGGACGUGACGACUCCGCGGUAUAGUGCGUUAAGUGAGUUCGUUCUGACCAGUGAAGUGUACGAUGAACAGUUUUAAAAGGAUAAUAUUGUAAUUGAGGGAUCAAAACACCUGAAGAAAAAUGCCGUCCCCUGAUAAUAAGAAACCAGGUUCUAAACGGCUGGAGACCAUGAUAGAACUGCCGUCAGGUGUCACCGAGGAAGACGUCGAGAACUACGCGAAUGGAACCUAUCACAUCGGCGACGCGACGAGUACGAGCGAGCUGGUGCACGCGCGAGCCCCCGUGGGUGACCGACAGCCCGGCGACGGCGCCAGCAGCUCCGCACACGAAGAUGUCUCACAACCAACCGCCUCUACUAACAAUAAUCGAAUAAGUGACGACAGACGAUCGAGUGUGCCUAUAUUCGGUGCCAUUGAGGAUCCAGUGCCUACAGAAGAAUUGUUGCGACCUCCGCGAUACUUCAAAGGAAUUCAUUUGCCUUCAAUCGCCAAUACAUUUAAGGAUGUAAAAGUAGAAUGUUCAUAUCAAGGAUACUCUCGGAGACAGCGGCAAAAAUCCCUCAUAAUGGUCAACAUAGUUGACUUAGUUCUUAAGAUAUGCCUCGCAGGAAUUUAUGUAUACGCAGCAGGGGGUAUAGAUAAGCUGGACAUGUCUAAUCUGGUAUGGACAGCGGCAUUUGCAUUUCUGAAUGUGGGCGUUUGCCUGCUGGGCUGGUGGCGUUGCUUCGCGAACAGCUAUCUGCACUGGGCGGCAGCCGCCACCUGGAUACUGCUCAUAGCUCAAGGUCUAAGCAGCUUGGGCAUAGGAUACGACGAUCCCCAGAACCAGGUGUGGUACAUGCUGUUCAUAGUGUUCGUGCCGUAUGCGAUGCUGCCACUGUCUUUAUUGUGGUGCAUCGUAAUCGGUCUGCUGUCGGGCUUGUCGCAUAUCCUCGCCACAGCCGUCGUCAUCAAAGAAUACACAACACAAAACGCUUUGCCGACAUCGUGUGCGACGCGUAUCCUAGUAGCCAACGCUCUCCUGUACCUGGCAGUAAACUUCGCGGGAAUGUACGCAAAGUCACUCGCCGACUGGAGCCAGAGGAAGGCGUUCCACGAGACGCGAAGAUCCAUGGUUACAAGAAAGAGGACCAAGAGCGAGUGCGACAAACAAAGAGAUCUGUUUCAGAGUGUGAUUCCGUACUUCCUGGCGCGCGAGAUCUAUAUGGACGUGUCAAAGGUAAAUGGUGACUUCCACGAGAAGCAGUUCAACAAUCUCUACAUACACAGGCAACAGGACGUCUCCAUACUUUACGCUGAUAUCAAAGGUUUUACCGAGUUAUCCAGUAAAUGCAGUGCGCAAGAGCUGGUCAAACUGCUCAAUGAACUCUUCGCCAGAUUUGACAAAUUAGCUUCCGAGAAUUUCUGCCUGCGCAUCAAGUUGCUGGGCGACUGUUAUUUCUGCGUGAGCGGCCUGCCCGCGCGGGCGGACCACGCGUUCUGGUGCGUCAACAUGGGCCUGCAUAUGAUCCUCGCCAUUCGCGACGUGCGCUACAACAUGAAGGUGGAUUUACAUAUGCGCAUCGGCAUUCACAGCGGCGCAGUGCUGUACGGCGUGCUCGGCAGGUUGAAGUGGCAGUUUGACCUCUGGUCGAAUGAUGUUACCAUAGCCAACCAUAUGGAGAGCGGCGGAUUACCCGGGCGAGUACAUAUAUCAGCGGCGACAUUAGCAUAUUUAAAUGGAGCAUUUGAGGUGGAACCCGGGGAUGGUGGCUCGCGAGACUCGUACCUCAAGGACCACAACAUCACCACCUACUUCAUCCGAGCCACAGAACAGCCGCGAUGGAUCAAAAGAUUCAGCAGUAGAAGCGGCACCCCAACAAUAUCCCAACACAUUUUGGAAGCGGUGGCCCGGAGACCGAGCAGCAUCAUAGAGAAUGAGCUGGUCAACGAAUGGAUUCCAGAGAUGCCUUUCCAAAAUUAUCUAAGCGAAAACCCGUUUAAAAGGCGAGAGGAUCUGUUCAUGUAUGACCAGGAUAUCGAUGACGGCGCUCCAUUGACAGAAGACAUAGAGGAUGACGACUUAAUAAACUCAAUCGAAGUGGAGAGUAAUCGUCAGAUGCGCAUGAACAACAUGCGCACGGUGCUGCUGCGGUUCCGGCGGCCGUCACUCGAGCAGAGCUUCAGCGAAGAGGACGAAGGCACGUUUAAGUCCAACGUGCUGUGCUGCCUCGUGCUAUGGCUCUUCAUCGUCGCCGUGCAGUCCAUCAUACAUUACAAUUGCACCCGUCUGUUGAUUGUUCUGGCAAUAAUGACGGUGCCGUUAACGCUGUCGUUCUUGUUGGUGAUGCUGGAGGAAUUUAAAGUGCCGCUGCCGCGGCUGGUGCGCUUCUCUACCGCUCUCAGCAGUACACGUAUGCGGCGCAACUUACACAUCUGUUGCUUCGUCACCAUCAUGUCUAUAUCAAGCGUACUGGUACUAAGCUUAUGCGACUUCACGCUUCUACAGACUAACUGCAAUCUGACAUACACAGGAUCCAACAAUAGUAGCACUGUCAACCAAACUUCUAACGAGCUCGGCGAAUGCCGUCGCCCAGAGUACGUAGUGUUCACGUGGGUCCUGUGCCUGGUCGCGCUUACCUCCGUACUCAAGCUCUAUUACUUGAUCAAGACCUUCAUCGCGAUCAUCAAUGUCAUUAUGUAUUGCUGUCUACUACUCAGAUAUUACAAUUACACUUGCUCAUACAACGAAAAAACACAGCUGCCAGCGUACUUGCAAAUGCUGAUUCUGAUGACGAUGUUCCUGCUGGUGGUGAUUUACCAUGGACGAUUGGUAGAAGUGACAUCACGCCUCGACUUCCUCUGGAAGCAGCAGGCGGAAGUUAAUCUGGGAGAGAUGGAGGCCACACAGCGAAUCAAUAAGCACCUGCUGGAACAUAUUCUGCCAGAUCAUGUUGUCACGCACUUUUUGAGCAAGGAUCGACGUCCGGAUGAGUUAUACUCCCAGUGGCGGCCGGAGGUCGGAGUGAUGUUCGCGAGCAUCGCCAACUUCGAUGACUUCUACUCGGAAGAGAAGGGCAGGGAGAGCAUGCAGCUACUUAAUGAAAUCAUUAUUGAUUUCGACAAUUUGCUGAUGAAAGAACGAUUCAAGAGCAUCGACAAGAUUAAGACUAUCCGUGCAACUUACAUGGCCGCUUCUGGAUUGAAUCCAAAAAAUGUGUCAAGUGACGACGACUGCGAUCACCUGUGCGCGCUGGUGGACUACGCGUUCGCAAUGCGCGAAGCACUUGAGGAAAUUAACAAACAUAGCUUUAAUAAAUUUAAACUUAGAGUGGGUAUUAGCUGCGGCCCACUGGUGGGCGGUGUGAUCGGCGCGUUGAAACCCGUGUACGACAUCUGGGGCAACACCGUCAACGAGGCGUCACGCAUGGAAAGCACUGGAGAGAUGGGCAUGAUUCAAGUAACCAAAUAUACCAAACAGUUGUUGGAGCGGCGUGGCUAUGUGGUGGAGUCUUGCGGGAAGGUGCAUGUGAAGGGCAAGGGCAUCAUGGAGACGUGGUGUGUAGUGGACCGACCCGAGGCAGCACAAGCAUUGGCUGCAGCUGCCGCGCCUCAACCGCGGUCGCUCGCCUCCAUCGUCUACACCAUGCUGCAAGUGCGCAAGCGCAUCAACACACACCCACUUGACGCGGCCUCGCAACCUCGUCGUGGUGGCAGUAUGAGGACGGACCGCGCUAGGACAGCGCCGAGCGGUUCGCAACGACACCGACUGCGACGCACGCACACCAGGCUAGAAGAGCACACUGAUAUGUUAGAGCUGGACGUGCUGGGGCGGCCGCACGCGAGCAGUCUGGUGGUGCGGCGCGAAACGCCACGCGUGUGCGCGGCAGUGGCGGCGGCGGGCUCGGUGUCGGCGCCGCACACGCCCACGGGCACCCACGCGUCGCCGCUGGGCCUGCGCGCUUUGCGCAACGCUCACGCACUUGCCACCUCGCCCACCGAUCCCACACGCGUCGAAUCUUCCUCCAUGAUGAGUAAACUUGGAGCAAGGUUGAAAGCAAAUAGUUUUACGUCACGCACGCGACCUCGGGACAGAUCACCGAAAAUCCGCGAGCAGACCAAUGAAGGUUCCGGCACUUCCAUUGCUAAUGGAACUCCAGGGUCAUUCCGCAACCGAUCUGGCACUACCGCCUCCUUCUUCAGGAGUCGGAGCAAAGACAAACGGAGCAGAGACCAGCUGAACACUGACAGCAUGGAAAACGGGGAUGCAGUCACUACCAAAAUGUAGAUAGAGUCACUGCUGUGAGUGAGGCAACCCGGACGGUAGCCCAAGACAUAAGUAAUUGGGCCACAAGGGGAACACUCGAAACCCUUAACACUCUAUUGGCUAGGGAAUGUAAUUAAAAGAAUACACAUACAUAGAAAUUAUAUGAAGGAACGGAUAUGAAAUACUUUUGAGACUUUAUUUUUGUCUCUAGGUAAGUAAAAUAUGGACAAAUAAAAACGUAUGUCAAUGGAACUUUAUAAAUUUGUGCCAUAUUGAGGGGAUUUUUAGAAGUAACAUUUUACAGUUUUUCGAAGUUAGGUAAUUAUUAAUUUCAUUAUUUUAUAGUGAAAUGUUUUUGUAGAUUUCAAAAAAUCCUUGUGUACCUACAUUAUAUUAUGUAAAUCGUAUGUAUUGGUCACGUAAUUAGAUAUUUUAUUUACUAUAAGACACCUAAUUAAUACUAACUAUUUUAAACAAUCUAUAUAUUCUAUAUAUUAUGAUGAUAUAAUAUAUAUACAGCACAAAUUAUGUACAUAGUACUUAAACAAGUGUAAAAAAUACUUAUGUUUUUUUACAAGAGUAUUCAGUGUUGUAAAGUAUGGAUAUAUUUUUCAAAUAGAUAAUAAUGUUUUACAUAAUAUUUUCUAAAAAUGUUAUGCGAAGUUCAUAAACGGAGAGUAGGGAUGUAUUAUGUAUUUAUCAAGUAAACCGAUGCAUUAUAUUUUGACACAUAUGUCAAACCAACACAAGACAUGGCCCAUGGAAGACAACAUUUUAGUAAAGAUCUACUAUAUAGAUUAUUAAGAAUUAAGUAGAAAAAUAUGUAAAUACUGUAUAAUAUUGUGUUUAUGUUAGAUUAAUAAUUUUCAAAGAGAACUAAUGCCCGAUGCUUACUGGUGCGGCGGUCCGGCGGUAUACAAAUGGAUCCUUUAGCAUACUUUCCCGCAGACUCAUCGGUAGCAAUUUCUAUUCAACAGUGACUGGAGUAUAUACGUGACAUCCCUUAAUGUACCAGGGUAUUUUACAACCACAUUCAUAAUCAUUAUAGUUUUAACUAAAAUAUUAUAUAAUGGACUACCUUAAUUACUAAUCAUCAUAAGCCGUCAUACCCUAAACAUCUCACCAAUGGGUGCAGGUCGUAAAGAUCCAACAAGUUCAUUAAAAUCAUAUUAAGAUUUAUAUUUUUUACAUUUAAUUAUAUCAAUAUAAUUUUUUCAAUAUUUUUGGCCGAGUUGAUGAUACGGGCGGAGUGACAGCUAUUAUUUUUAGUCAUUAAAGCGUGAGAGGCGUAUAGGAACAGGCAAAAAGAUUUGAAAACUACAAUUAUGACAGUAAUUACCUGUUACUUUGACCUCUGUUUAAUCGUUUGAUUCUAGUAAUGUUAAUGUCAAGUUAAACAUGUAAAUUGUGGAUAGAUAGAACCAGAAAAUAUAUCCCAUAUCCCUUAUAAUGCCCAAAAACCUUGUAAGGGAUUGGAUGAUGCAACAUAGAAUGUCUAAUAGUCACCUAUAAUUGUACCUUCGUACGCGCCGAUUAACGGUGGGAUCUAAUAAAUGCUAUCUUCGUGUAUGUCCUACUAUUGGUAAUAAUAAAUGAAUAGAAAUAACUCAUCUGGGAACACAAGAAAGAAACUAUUCUGAUUAGACCGUUUUCCCUAUGGAUCCGGCAGUAGCGGUUAAAAUCGUUUAUAGGUAUCAGCAGCCAAGCUACAAUAAGUACGCACAUAUUUUUUUAAUUUAAUAAAGAAUUUACAAAACGGUUCAAAGAUAAUUUUAAGCUCUGAGUAAAACCAGAAUUAAGUCUGAUUCUAUAAUAUUAUAUUCCCCAAAUCGUGUAACUGUUGCUACCAACCUUAAAAAAACUAACACCGGAUAUUGAGAAGGGGAAGAGGGUUUGUUGCUUUGCUUUUAAGUAGGUGUACCAAACAAGUUAAGCCGGACCAUUCUGUGGCCGAAGCUGUGCAGUAAAGUGCGUUACUACUUACAAUUAACAUACGUAAGUUUGCAGCUGUGAAGUUUUUAUAAGUUGUAAACACUUCUUAAUUGAUUUUUCAUCAUUUUAUCUCAAUGGAAAAUCGGUAUAAGAAGGCAGUCCCGCACAUUAUAACUGCUAUCUAAUCUGUCUCUUAUCCCCAUUGUAUAAAGUAGAUAAGUCUUCCGCAUAUAUGUGCCGCGUAAAACCAAAGAUGUUGAUCUCAAAGAGCAUUUUGAUCUACUUUUAGAUGUAAGUAACUUAUUUGUACUAUCAGCGGUACCAAGAUCUGACGAGUGGCUUUUGCGCCUGCCGAAUCUCUUAUGCCAAAGAAUGACGAUGCCAUGCAUAAUCGCUGGCAUUGUGUAGCGAAAUCGGACACGGUAUUAAAUACCAAAUAUCGCUUUACUAAUGCUUGUUGCAUUCAUAGCGGCGUAAAAAAGAUACGAAAUAUAUCUUCUGACCAAAUAAUUAGGGUGAAAAUAAAAAUGUUCACACACCGAGUAUUUUUAAAGAGAUUUAGCAAGCACAACGGCUAUAUAUGAAUUGAUGUAUCUCAGUGUUACCAAAGCCAAAAUAAUGUAAGUGUAAUUAGUAUAUCAGGUGUUGCCAGGUGAAAUAAAAGAUUAGUAUUUGUGUA